GAUGUCUGCAAAUUUUGAUUGUUCAAAAAGUUAACGUCCAACGUGAAAAUGUUUCAAAUAUAGUUAUACAUAUAUGAAGUAUCUGUUUAAAAUAAAAGUUUGACAGUGUUAUGAUUUUCAGUGUAUCUAUUUAUAAACAUGCAUCUCUUAUAUUUCUAGUGGCAUCUUUUGUCAACUUAAAUGCAUUCUGUUUGUUUAUUGAUGGCAUAUUAGUGUUUGGUCCUGUAAAGAAAAUGUAAGAGAAAUAUGCUUACUGUCUCACCAGUUCCAAAUUCAUGAAGAUUGAAAUCAGUCAUGAAAAUUGGCUGUGGGGUGUGUUUUGUCAGGCAUAAAGCACAUGUACACAUUACAUAGCUGGUGAUUACAAAGGCGUUACUGUCUAAUGUGUAUGAAUUGUGAGCCAAAAAGUUAAUUGUGGUGUUUAGUGUCUGCAUCACUUUCUUUCUUUUUAUAAUGAAGACUUUGCUUUUCUUAGUGUGUAUUAAGCAUCAGUCCAUGCAGCAUUAAACUGUGUUGCCUGAUGUACGUACACUGCUCAAAAUAUUAAGGGAACUCUUAAUCAUUACAGUAUAACACCCAGUUAGUUAAACUUCAAAGAUAUCAAUUUGUCCGGGUAGGAAGCAUAAGGAAUUGAGUCAAUUUCACCUGUUUCGGUGCAAAUGAAAGUGACAACAGGUACACUGGAGAGGCAACAGCAAUUCAGCCAUUCAGGUUGCACAGGUAGUCCAGCUCCUCUGGCAUGGUACCUCUACAUGGUGUUGCAAGAAGGUUUGCUGUAUCUCCCAGCACAGUCUCAAGAGCAUGGAAGAUAAUAUCACGACAUGGGAUAUUACACGAGGAGAUGUUACAGCUCGCCUGGCAUUCGUCAAAGAUCACUGAAAUUGCCAGGUUCACUAUUGGUGUUAUGCUACCUAUGAUGUCAUUCAGCGUGACUAAUUUGGCUGUGUCAGUGAUGGUCUGCGGAUGCACAUCCUUGGGUCACACAAACCUCCACAUGAAAGCCAAUGGUACUCUGACUGCUGUUAGGAACAGGGAUGAAAUCCUCAGAACCUUUGUCAGACCUUACGCUGGUGCAGUACGCCCUGGGUUUCUCCUAGUGCAGGACAAUACCCUGCUACAUGUGGCCAGAGUGUAGGCAGUUCCUGGAUAACAAAGACAUUGAUGCCAUUCACUGGCCCUCAUGUUCCCCAAUCCAACCGAGACUCUCUGGGACAUUCUGUAUCAGUGCAUCUGACGCCUCCAAGAAGUGCCACAGACUGUCCAGAAGCUGAUCCCCUAGUCCCCUGAUGCUCCACCAGACAUGAAACAACUAGCAGAGAGGGACGAGUCUCCACCCCGGACUCCCACAGGGAAUGCCCCAUCGUCUGAAUCCGACAUUGACAUCUCCAGUCCCAACGCAUCCCACGAUGAGGGCAUGGCAAAGGACCAGAAGGAUUCGGGCAGUGAUCCCUCCCACAGGCCAAAGCGCCGGCGCUUUCACGAGAGCUACAACUUUAACAUGAAGUGCCCCACGCCUGGCUGCAAUUCACUGGGCCAUUUAACUGGAAAGCAUGAAAGACACUUCUCAAUAUCUGGUUGUCCCCUCUACCAUAACCUAUCAGCAGAUGAAUGCAAAGUAAAAGCCAUUGAACGAGAGAAGCAGGACGAUGAGCGCAGCCAAGGUCAGAGUGAAGAGAGCAGGCAUGCUACACGUCACCAGGCACCUACUGCAAGACAGGUGAAGUAUAAGGAGAAAGUCCAGGAGAUGAGGAAGAGGAGGGAUGCUGGACUGACUAAAGAGCAGAAAGAAAAGUACAUGGAGCACAGGCAGGCUCAUGGAAUGACGAGAGAGCCGCUGUUGGAGAACAUCACUAGUGAAUAUGAUCUCGAGCUGUUUAGAAAAGCACAAGCAAGGGCGUCUGAAGACUUGGAGAAGCUACGCAUGCAGGGCCAGAUCACCGAGGGCAGCAACAUGAUAAAGACUAUUUUAUUUGGUCGCUAUGAACUGGACACCUGGUACCACUCUCCUUACCCAGAAGAGUAUGCCCGCCUCGGCCGUCUGUACGUCUGCGAGUUCUGCCUGAAGUACAUGAAGAGCCAGACUAUUCUGCGCAGGCACAUGGCCAAAUGUGUGUGGAAACACCCACCGGGAGACGAGGUGUACAGGAAAGGAGCCAUCUCUGUAUUUGAAGUGGAUGGGAAGAAGAACAAGAUCUACUGCCAGAACCUGUGUUUGCUGGCCAAGCUGUUUCUGGACCAUAAGACGCUGUACUAUGACGUCGAACCCUUCCUCUUUUACGUAAUGACAGAAGCCGACAACACCGGUUGCCAUCUGGUGGGGUACUUCUCAAAGGAGAAGAACUCCUUCCUGAACUACAACGUGUCAUGCAUUCUGACCAUGCCACAGUACAUGAGGCAGGGCUACGGCAAGAUGUUAAUUGAUUUCAGCUAUCUGCUCUCCAAGGUGGAGGAGAAGGUGGGCUCUCCAGAGAGGCCUUUGUCGGACCUGGGCCUCAUCAGCUACCGCAGCUACUGGAAGGAGGUGCUCUUGCGCUACAUGCACAACUUUCAAGGCAAAGAGAUCUCCAUUAAAGAAAUCAGCCAAGAAACUGCUGUGAACCCUGUGGAUAUUGUCAGCACCCUGCAGUCACUGCAGAUGCUGAAGUACUGGAAGGGGAAACACUUGGUUUUAAAGAGACAGGACCUGAUCGAUGAGUGGAAAGCCAAAGAAACCAAAAGAGGCACCAACAACAAGACCAUAGACCCCAAUUCACUGAAAUGGACUCCUCCCAAAGGAACCUGACACACGUUUUAUUUAAGACUUCUCUCUCCCAUUUCAGCCUUUAUCUAUGUCUUUUUCAAUGAAUAUGCAGUCUUCAGUGUUAUUUUUUUUCUCUGUAAUUUUUCUAUACCUUUGUGCUACUGGUUCUUUAUUGUCCUUUUAUACAGCUGUUAUAUCUUAGGAUAUUGUUUUGUUUUUUGAAGACACAUUUCUCAGUGCAGCGCACAUUUCAGUAGUUCGAGUACUUUUUUUUUCCUGCCUAAAAUGUUAUAAAUGAAAAGGUGGCAGUCAGGUCUUGGGACACAAUGCAGCAAAUUGCAGUGUUUACCUCAACCUAUUCACUGUAAGGCUUGGUAAGCAGUCAGUGAAUUGGAUUAGGGAAUCAGGGAAAGGAUCAAAUUCUAGUGCUGUGUCUGUCCUGCACUGGAGUCUGACCCUACUGAUUAAAACAGGCUUACGCUAAAACAGCAGAACAGUAGAAACCUAUAGCUAAUAGCAUUUCAUCUCUUGAUUUCCAUUUUAUACUCUUCAUUUUUUGCAGAUUUUUCUUGGCAUAUUCUGCAGCUUAUUUCAAAAUAAAGGGAAAAAUGAA